CGUCGGGCGUCAGGCGUCGGGCGUGCUCCGCGGGCUGCGGCCGGCGCCGCCCCGGGAACCCGGAAGGAGCCGCGGGGGAUGAGGGACGGAAAGGAGGCCCUGUGACGGCGCCUUCGGCGGGUUGGAAAGAGUCCGACGGACCCGCGCGGCAGAGCCGCGGCUGCCCGAGCUCUGGGGAGGAUGACUAGAAGAUGAACAAACCCAUAACACCAUCAACGUACGUGCGCUGCCUCAAUGUUGGGCUAAUUAGGAAGCUAUCAGAUUUUAUUGAUCCUCAAGAAGGGUGGAAGAAAUUAGCUGUCGCUAUUAAAAAACCAUCUGGUGAUGACAGAUACAACCAGUUUCACAUAAGGAGAUUUGAAGCAUUAAUUCAAACUGGAAAAAGUCCCACUUCUGAACUGCUGUUUGACUGGGGUACCACAAACUGCACCGUGGCUGAUCUUGUGGAUAUUUUGGUCCAAAAUGAGUUCUUUGCUCCUGCGAGUCUUUUGCUGCCAGAUGCUGUUCCCAAGCCUGCUACUACUUUACCAUCUAAAGAAGCUGUCACAGUUCAGCAGAAGCACGCGCCUUUCUGCGAAAAAGGCAGUGUACCCGUGACUCCUGCACAGAGUCCUAACCACAACUGUACCUCUUCUGGCUCCUCAAGUCCAGAAAAUAGAAGUGUAGAAGGUAGUGACACUCGUUUUCAUUGUUUUUCAUUUUAUGAAUUGAAGAAUGUCACAAAUGACUUUGAUGAGCGGCCUAUUUCUGUUGGUGGCAAUAAAAUGGGAGAGGGAGGAUUUGGAGUUGUGUAUAAAGGCUGUGUGAACAACACAACUGUGGCUGUGAAGAAGCUUGCAGCAAUGGUUGAUAUCAGCACUGAAGACCUAAAACAGCAGUUUGAUCAAGAAAUAAAAGUAAUGGCAAAGUGCCAGCAUGAAAACCUAGUAGAACUACUUGGAUUUUCAAGUGACGGCGAUGAUCUCUGCUUAGUGUAUGUUUAUAUGCCCAACGGCUCCUUGCUAGACAGGCUGUCUUGCUUGGAUAACACCCCCCCACUUUCUUGGCACAUGAGAUGCAAGAUUGCUCAGGGCGCAGCUAAUGGAAUCAGUUUUUUACAUGAAAACCAUCACAUUCAUAGAGAUAUUAAAAGUGCAAAUAUCUUAUUAGAUAAAGACUUCACUGCCAAAAUAUCCGACUUUGGGCUUGCAAGAGCUUCUGAGAAGUUCGCCCAGACAGUCAUGACAAGCAGGAUUGUAGGCACGACAGCUUACAUGGCACCUGAAGCUCUGCGAGGAGAGAUAACACCCAAGUCUGACAUCUAUAGCUUUGGUGUGGUUUUAUUGGAAAUAAUAACUGGACUUCCAGCAGUGGAUGAAAAUCGUGAACCUCAGUUGUUACUGGAUAUUAAAGAAGAAAUUGAAGAUGAGGAAAAGACGAUUGAAGAUUACGUGGACGUGAAGAUGAGCGAUGCGGACUCCACUUCAGUUGAAACAAUGUACUCUGUUGCUGCUCAGUGUCUGCAUGAGAAGAAGAAUAAGAGGCCAGACAUUAGGAAGGUUCAACAGCAGUUGCAAGACAUAACAGCUUCUUAAAAUUUUAUUAGCAUAAUGGAACUCAGGACGUUGCAUUUGCCAGGCAGAUGCCUGUGCCACUGAGCUAUAUCCCUGGCUUGUAACUUUUUAUAUACAGCUCUCGACACCAUAUUUACAGGUAUUUUUUUCUAAGCGUGCUUUACCUUUAAGAAGCCAGCAUGGGGCAGUGCAGUGCUAUAAAAGCAUGUAUUGAAUCUCCAACAAAUGAAGGACAGCCAUGCUGUCAGCACUUAGCUGUACUCAGUGUCAGCCUGGGACUCAAGUAAUCCCUGAGACAUUGCCUUCAAGCUGCACCAAACAUGGUUAGGAAACCACAAGAUGAGCAGGAAGAGCCCUGGGCUGUAGGUCCAAAGCCCGACUGACCCCACUACUGCUAGAACCUUGGGCAAGCUCUUAGCUACGUUGAGCCUUUUUUUUUUAAUAUAUAACAUUGGAUUAAUAUACACUGUGCUCCUCUGAUGGUCAUGAAAAUAAAUGAUGCACAAUAUGUAAACAUUUUAUAACUAUUAAAGUGAUAACAGCAUUUAAAGUUUAUAGAUACAGCUAUAAAAUGUUGACACUAUUUUCAUCAUCCCCUGCGAAGCAAAUACUCCCUGAUGAAAUGCCAAUGGUGGUGUAGCCAUUGUUAGACCAUGUUAUACAGCAGAGUUGAAAGGAUUUUGCAAAUGCAGGUAAGGGCACUACCAACUAACUUUGAGCCUCGAAAGGCAGUGGGUGGGAUGGGCCUGGGAGAAUCAGGUGGACCCUGAUAGAAAGAGAGCAUCUUCCUGUGGGCCUGGAAGAAGCGGGCCACCCUGCAGCUGCCAACCAGCAGGAAGCAGUGGCCCCAGCCCUUUGGCCAAGGACUGAGGCUGAAAGCUCUGAGAAGCAGCAGCUUUCCAGUGGUACCACAGCCCCAGCUGACUGCGGCAACCACUGUGUGAGAUGCUCAGGAGAAGACCUGCUUGAGGUAUGCCAGGACCUCAGCCAUACUCCAUCGUGAAAUAAUAAAGGAGUUGCAUUAAGCUACCAAAGUGGCAGUAAUUUAUUAUGCAGUAGAAAAUGAAUACAGAGUCUCGCAUGAAGAGCCUUCUGCGAUGAUCCCAUCAUGUUUAUGGUAUUCUAGGGGGUUUUCCUCAGGCCCUGGCCUUUGGUAAUUGGCUGCUUUAUCACAGAAAGUGAAACACCUCCGCUAGUCCCAGCAAAUAUAUUUCUUAACUAUUUCUCCUAAGCACAAAAUUCUUGGUUGGUUUAUAUCAUUUGAAAAUUCACU